AUGUGGAGAGAUCGAACGAAUCUUUACAUCUCCUAUCGCCAGUCAUACUCCCACCACCCCGCAAAGAAACCGCGACUGCCAUCGACGACGAAUGGCUAUGCCGACCAAGGAUCGGAGGAGACCAGGGGUCUGAUGUCCGUUGGGGCAUAUGAGAAUGAUGGCGACGCUGUCAUAGAGAUGGAUCUCCUCCCUCCACGCUGGAUUGAUGUUCAAGACGAGGUCAGCGAUAUUCUCAAGGACAUCACGCUCAAAGCUGCAAAGUUGGACAAGCUGCAUUCGAAACAUGUCCUUCCGGGGUUCGAUGACGAGUCGGUCAAGCUACAGGAGGAGCGAGAGAUAGAACAGUUGACAACGGAGAUUACGAGAGGCUUUCAAGAAUGCCAAAAGGCCAUCAAGCGCAUCGAGAGCAUGGUCAAGGAUGCCAGGGAGACAGGCAACCUCCAAAAAGGAGACGAGAUCAUGGCGAAGAAUAUCCAAGUCGCCCUGGCAUCUAGAGUCCAGGAAGUCAGCGCAACAUUCAGGAAGAAGCAAAGCAACUACCUCAACAAGCUCCGUCAAUUGGGUGGCUUCGAGUCACCAAUUGGCCGAUCUUCGACCCCAAUACCAGUUCAGAACCCAUACUCCGACCCAGCCUUGCUCGAGUCUGACGCCGACAAACGGCUCGGGCAGUCGGCGUUACAGCAAACAGCGCAGAAACGACUCCAUAGGAACGACACGGCCAUUGCACAACGAGAACAAGAAAUCAAUGACAUUGCCAAAGGUAUCAUCGAGUUAGCCGACAUAUUCCGCGACUUACAGGCAAUGGUCAUCGACCAAGGCACCAUGCUCGAUCGUAUAGACUAUAAUGUGGAACGGAUGGCCACCGAUGUCAAGGCGGCAGAGAAGGAGCUCAUCGUUGCAACCAAUUACCAACGACGCAACACCAAGCGCAAAAUCCUUCUGUUAUUGUUGCUUCUCGUCGUUGGCAUGUUUGUCCUCUUGCUCAUGAAACCGAAGAGGCGGGCACAACCAGCGCCACCUGCAUCCCCAGCGACCCCAAACAAUCCUCCUUAG